GUUUGGCAUAACGCAUAAAAUUAAUGUGAAAAUUUUGCUGCUUGUGCUGCAGAUUUCGUGCGUUGGAGAAAAAGUCGAAUUUAAUCUAAUUCUACAUGCCUGACUUUGAUAGGAGAGGCACGAAAUAGUUUGAGAAUCGUUUUAAAGCAGUUGGACUUGGAAUAAUGCGAAAACGAGGAGGAUAUCGACGAAGUCGAAGUCGCAGUCCCCGUCGAGGAGGAGGAGGAGGAAGUGGACUUAUGAAUAAGCGGUAUGAGGUAGGAAAGGGCCAAUUGUUGAAACCAGUUAACUGGAAUCAUUUCAAGUUGGAUACUGUGGUUAGACCCUCCUACCGUCAAAAAGUAGAUUACAGACGUUCGGAGCGGGAGAUAUCCGAGUGGAGAAAGUCCAAAGAAAUAACAAUUAAGGGGCGUGAUGUCCCGGAUCCUGUCUUGGCAUUUGAAGAAAUCAGCUUUCCGGCGGAAAUUUCUGAUGAAUUGCGUUAUUCUGGAUUCACAGUUCCAACUCCUAUUCAGUCGCAAGGGUGGCCAAUAGCACUUUCUGGUCGAGAUAUGGUUGGUAUUGCAAAAACUGGAUCCGGAAAAACCCUAUCCUAUCUUUUGCCAGCGAUGAUACAUAUCGAUCAACAAGCUAGAUUGCGUCGUGGAGAUGGCCCUAUAGCACUGAUUCUGGCUCCGACACGUGAACUAGCUCAGCAGAUCAAACAGGUUACGGACGAUUUCGGUCGGGCAAUGAAAAUUAAAAACACUUGUCUAUUUGGAGGUGGUGGGAAAAAACAGCAAACCUACGAUUUGGACCGUGGCGUUGAAAUAAUCAUUGCUACUCCGGGGCGGCUCAUUGAUUUUCUUUCUUCUGAUCAUACCAAUCUCCGACGUUGCUCGUAUCUUGUGCUCGAUGAAGCUGAUCGAAUGUUGGAUAUGGGGUUUGAGCCACAGAUUCGAACUAUAAUAGAACAAAUACGUCCCGAUCAUCAGACGCUCAUGUGGUCAGCGACUUGGCCGGACGCGGUCGCACGUCUUGUGAAAGAUUACCUAAAGGACUACAUUCAGAUCAAUGUAGGAUCGUUGAAGCUAGCCGCUAACCAUAACAUUUUGCAAAUCAUUGACGUGUGCCAGGAGUAUGAAAAAGAAACUAAGCUCAGUAUUCUGUUGAGGGAGAUUAUGGCCGAGAAAGAGUGCAAAACAAUCAUAUUUAUCGAGACGAAGCGUCGAGUCGAUGAUAUAACCCGUAAGGUGACUCGAGAUGGAUGGCCGGCGAUGUGCAUUCACGGGGAUAAAUCACAGAAAGAUCGUGAAUAUACUCUGAAUUCAUUUCGUUCCGGCAAGACUCCUAUUCUGAUUGCAACCGAUGUCGCUGCUAGAGGUUUAGAUGUAGAUGAUGUGAAAUUCGUGAUCAACUUCGAUUAUCCGACAACGUCCGAAGAUUACAUUCAUCGUAUUGGCCGCACUGGACGCUCAAACAAUACCGGCACUGCGUACACUUUUUUCACGCCGAACAAUGCAGGCAGAGCUCGUGAGCUAGUUGCAGUGCUAAAGGAGGCUAAACAAGUUAUCAAUCCUAAAUUGCUGGAUAUGUGUAACAGUCGUAUGAGAGGAAAAGAUAAUCGCAAUCAUGUGAAUUCCCGUUAUCCUCGCGAACGAAGAUCACGCUCGUUCGACCGUCGUGGUACCUACCGACGGCGAUCGUACUCGCGUUCUCGCUCCCGGUCUCGUUCCCGAUCGCGCUCCCGGUCUGGUUCACCGCGAUUCUCCAAACGAGAUGUGUACCGCCCGGUGAAACGCAGUCGGUCUCGCGAAAGCCGUAGUGUGGAAAGUGGACGCAGUGACAAACGCAAGAGAAUUUUGCGUAAGGCCAGUCGCUCGGCUAGUCGAUCACCAGCGCGCAAGGGAGGCAGUACCAGCGGUGGUGGCACCGGUGGUAAUCGGAAACGAAACGGAAGAAGUAGAUCACCAACCCCGCGUAAAUACCGUAGUCGUAGUCGCAGUCGUAGCCAUAGUCGAAAAAGUAGUCGUAGUCGAAGCCGCAGUCGUAGUCGCGAAGGUAGAUUCCGCUCGGCCAAGAACGGUAACAAUGGAUCGAAUUAUGGCAAGUAUUGAACAUACUGCUUCGAGAAAUGAUGCGUCUUGCUUACUCAUGAAAUGAAUAAUACUAAGAUCAACAUUAGAACAAUCCACGAAUUACCUUCAAAGAAUGUACUUCUAUGAACAGUAGGCAGUGAAUGACAACACUUAUUGGCAUUUUUAUAUUAGGAAUAACAUAUUUUAUCUAUAUGUCUAAAUAUCGUUUAUUAUUGUAUUUAAAGAAAAAAGGUCAGUGGUACGAUAAAACCCACAAAUUACAUUGCUUCUCGAACAUCAAACUUUUGGUUACUUUUUCAAGCGGUCGCAUCUGUAACUGAUUGUUUUUUGUGUCAAACAAAAACCCCUGCCAUCGUUUUUCAAUCAUUACCGAUAAAUCAAAAUAAACAAAAAGAUGCUGUCAUUUAUUGUACGUAUUUUUUUGCUGAAAAAGUAAUCAAUGCUCAUUUAUUCAACAUUUUUCAAAAAUUAUACUUUGGUAUCAUACUCCUGAUCCUUUUGUACCUAAAUGUAGAUCCCGAUUAUUGACUAAAUAAAGUAAAUAUCAUGACAAAAAUGAA